UCAGUCCGCCGACCAUGCUGCUUUCAGCUCUCGGUCGCGGGCGACAAUGAAUCGGCCCUCGACGCGAACUUGUGAGGGUGAGGAAUCGAAGAUAACCUUGCUCUGUACUCCCAAGCGACCAGUCUCUCGCCAAGACUGCGUGGGUAUCCCCUUCCCCUUCCCCUUCCCCUGCGCCUGCACCCGCACCUGCGCCCGCACCUGCGCCCGCCCCGCUGCUGCACUUGAGUGUCUUGUUGGUUGCGCUUCUCAAUCUCCUUUCAACACUCCUUCUGCUCUCCGUCUGUCCUCUCACUGUCGUUCUCGUUCUCGUUUUCGUUUUCAGUUCGAUCAAUUUGUUGCGCAAGCACUCUCAUGGCGAGCACGCUCAUCACGACGACCCGAACCCUCACGCCUGUGAUCCUUCCCGCGUCACCUAUCGCGCAGCCUGCGCAGGCUGACAAGAUCAACCUCUUGGCUUCAGGUUCAACAACACGGCACCUCCUCUCCUCCCUCCCUCCCACAGCCAUAAUGUCUGCUCCGUCGUCGACCUCCCCUCCGCCUCCGCCCCCGAUGCCCGGCGGCGGCCUCUCGAUCGGCGCGAAAGCAGGCAUCGCGGUCGCGAUCGCCGUGUUGGUCGUCCUGGUCGUGUCCCUCUGUAUCUGUCUGCACAUCUCCUACCGCAACAAACGCCUAAAACCCUACCGACAAGACAAGACAUUUCAAACUACAUAUCCGGGGCAAAUACCCUACGCAUUCCAGAAUAACAAUAUAGGACAAGGAGAAGGAAGGGCGCCGCUGCUGAGAGAUGGGAGUUACAUGGACGUAUCAACGCGAAACGGGUCCUCGGUGUCGGCGCAAUCGAGUCCGUAUCUGGGGAGUCCGGAUAUGGGAGGCUACUCGCCAGGCGGGAUGGAAAGACUACAAUACUCACCGGGCGGAAUGGAGACCCUUCCUCCGCCGGGACGAGAUGAUUUAAAACAGACGCGCUCGGGGGGCUCGAAUAACGGUUAUCUAAGUCCUAAUUUCCUCAGCCCCGCAAGUCCGAACCUAGAGUCGAAGCUCGAAAAUGAGCGCUGGCGAGAAUCGCACUCCAUGGCGGGGUACUUUGAGAAUCAGCAGGUGGCAGCGGAGCCGAGACUCAGUCCGGGCGACAAGAUGAUUGCGGAGUGGCGGAAGGCCGAGAUUGAGAACGCGAGGGAGAGGAGUCGGAGCACGAGUCGAGAACCGCAUCCCAUGGCCGAUUAUCAGAUGGCGUUGCCGCCGUUCUACCCAAAGGGGUUUAAGGAUAUCAAUGGGGAGGAGGAGGACGGGGGGAAGAGGAGGAGUCUGAAGGCGGAGGCCGAGAGGCUGUUGAGGCCGGAGAUACAUGAGAUGGAUGUUGGGGAUGCGGAGCGGGGGCGGGGACAUGAUAGAUGAUAAUGAUAUGAUCAUGGCUAUUUUUGUUACGAUGUUGCAUUUCUGCGGAGAUAUCCAUUGGUGGUGCAGGAGAGCGAAGAGGUGGGUGGGUUUAUGGCGUUUUGAUGAGCGAGGCGUUCUGGUCAUCUGGGUUCUAGAGGCGGCAUUCUCAAUACAAGUUAACUGAACUUUCAAGUUGUUCUUCCCAGACAACCCGCACACGACUUCAGGGUAGCUGCGCCAUGGAGCAUAGAUACCACCACAAUGCUCACUUGGCUCUCCCACUUUCCCCUUUAAGCGAAGCAAAGCAAAGCACCCCAUCCCAUCCCAUCAGAAACGAGUAU